CACCUGUCAGUGUCCAUCAGUGCCAGCUGUCACUGCUCAUCAGUGCCUUGUGCCCCAGUGCCCAUCAGUGCCACAUAUCACUGCCUACCAGUGCACAUUAAUGCCACAUAUCAGUGCCCAUCUGAGCUGCCUUUCAGUGUCACCCAUCAGUGCCAGUCAGUGCCACCUAUCAGUGCUGCCAAUCAGUGCCACCUAUCUGUGCCAUGCCCAUCAGUGCCACCUAUCAGUGUCCAUGAGUGCAGCCUAUCAGUGCCCAUCAGUGCAGCCUCAUUAGCGCACAUCAGUGAAGGAGAAAAAUCACUUAUUUACAAAAUUGUAUAA